GCGUUUACUCAUCAUUCGACUAUCUGUUGAAAUCCAAGAAACUUGAUCAGGCCGAUGGUGUAAUCUUCAUCUCCUAUGAAUAUAUGUUGAAAUCCAAGAAGAAACCCUAACUUGAAUGGAAAAUCUUGGAAUUCCCAAGACAAUAGCUCCUGCUGCUGUGCUGUGCUCUGCAGAUUCCCUGGUUUGGUGAGACAGAGAGCUCGUGGUCGCCCCAUCUUCAUACUGUCCGUCGAGUUUGGUCAAUCCAAAAGUGGUAUACUGCCAUUCCGGGGAUGAUGCAAGGAGAAGAGGGUUUAGUUCUCAAAUCUCCGCUGCUCCCACCGCAACAAACAAGACUUGUAGUCGAAGUGGGAGAAUCUCAACGAGGGUUUUCUCGAGCAGAUAUCAUUGAAGAAGUACACAAGCAAGUCUGGAUAGCUGGGCCUCUUAUAGCAGUAAGUUUGUUGCAGUACUGCUUACAAGUAAUAGCAAUUAUGUUCGUUGGUCAUCUUGGUGAGCUGGCUCUUUCCGGUGCCUCCAUGGCUUCUUCCUUUGCUUCAGUGACCGGUUUCAAUGUUCUGCUAGGCAUGGGAAGUGCAUUGGAGACACUGUGUGGGCAAGCCUAUGGAGCCAAACAAUACCAUAUGCUAGGUGUUCACAUGCAGAGGGCAAUGAUGACCCUCCUGGCCUUAAGCAUUCCUAUUGCAGUUGUAUGGUUUUAUACUGGCUCCAUUCUUACAACUCUAGGUCAGGAUCCAGAGAUAUCGACCAAAGCAGGAACAUUUAAUAGGUGGAUGAUUCCUGGCCUUUUUUCCUACGGCCUUCUUCAAUGUCUCAACAGAUUUUUACAAACCCAGAACAUUGUUUUUCCUAUGUUGAUAACCUCUGGGUUCACCGCUGCUCUUCACAUUCUUGUUUGUUGGCUACUGGUUUUCAAAUCUGGCCUUGAAAGCAGAGGAGCAGCCCUGGCAAUCAGCAUUUCUAAUUGGGUCAAUGUUCUUAUGUUAGCGUUGUACAUUACGUUAUCUCCCACCUGUGUAGAAACUUGGAAGGGAUUUUCAAAGGAAGCAUUGCAUGAUAUCUUAAGCUUUAUAAGGCUUGCUGUUUCAUCAGCGAUUAUGAUUUGCUUGGAAUAUUGGUCCUUUGAGAUGGUUGUUCUCUUGUCUGGUCUUCUACCAAAUCCCAAACUUGAAACAUCUGUGUUAUCAAUAAGCCUUAACACUUGUUGGAUGGUGUAUAUGGUAUCUGUGGGUCUUGGCGGUGCAAUAAGCACAAGAGUUUCAAACGAAUUGGGAGCAGGGCGUGCACAAGCUGCACGAUUGGCUCUCAAUGUGAUGAUUGUUAUGGCCCUCUCACAGGGUGCAAUAGUUGGAAUAACUACAAUCUUGGUACGCCAUGUAUGGGGAAAGCUCUAUAGCAAUGAAGAAGAGAUUAUCAAAUAUGUUGCGAAAAUGUUGCCCCUGCUAGCUCUAUCCAACUUCUUAGAUGGAUUCCAAUGUGUGCUUUCAGGAGCUGCAAGAGGAUGUGGAUGGCAAAAUUUAUGCGUAUCCAUAAACCUUGUGGCAUACUAUGUUGUGGGAAUUCCAGUUGCUGUGAUAUUCGCAUUUGUAUUGCAUAUCGGAGGCAUGGGGCUCUGGAUGGGAAUUAUAUGUGGAUUGACAGUGCAAGUUGUGGCACUUGUUACAGUAAAUGCAUGCACUAAUUGGGAUCAGGAGGCAGCAAAGGCGACACGCAUGGUUAAGGAAGCUGAGAAUGCCAUUUACACGGCGGCAUAGACUUGGGUAGCAAUAGCAAUGAGAUUAUCCCAUUACUCGUAUUGUGAGAUAUUUGGUUACAGACUUACAGGUAUGAUGUCUAUGUAACACAGGGACAGGGAUUAUUCUUUUUGAUGAUAGACCGAUUGAUGAAGAAACAGGAAGAAUGUAUAUGAACCACACCCCUUUGGUCU